AUUGAGGAGAGGCCGCUGGAGACCCCGGACGACUGGACAGAAUUCCAGUUGAAGCGGGCGGAAUAUCAGACACUGAUUGAUACCUUCUCCGAGUACGGUUCAACACAGAACCGAGACAACACCUUCCAACCGCACCACUCCCUCCACCGACCCGUAGCACCGUCUGACAUCACGCUUUCCGCCCUCAUCGCGUCCGGGGCCCACUUUGGUCACUCGGAGACACGCAUGAACCCUAACUUCAUCCCGUAUGCCUACGGUGUCCGCGCAGGCAUCACCAUCAUCGACCUCGACCACACCCUCCCUCUCCUCCGACGUGCCGCGCAGGUCGUACGAGGUGUCGCUGCACGCGGAGGGUCCAUCGUCUUCGUCGGCACGCGGUCGGACCUCCGGCCAGCCGUACGUCUCGCGGCGGAACGUUUGGGCAAGCAGGGCUACCACGUUGGCGAGCGUUGGCUGCCAGGUACGCUGACGAAUAGGGUCCACAUGUUCGGCCCCGACGUUGCGAAGGAUGAGCAGGUCGUCCCCGACCUCGUCAUCUUCCUCAAUCCCAUCCCCAACAUCCACGCCAUACGAGAGUGCGCUCUCGAGCAUGUACCUACCAUCGGUAUCGUCGACUCGAACGUCGACCCUCGGGUUGUCAUGUACCCCAUUCCGGCCAACGACGAGAGCACACGGACAGCAGAGCUCAUCGCGGGACUUCUCAGCGUAGCGGGUCGAGAAGGUGUCGCGCUCUACGAGGAGGAGCAGGCAAAGGCUGCA